CGCGACAACAUGGCACAUCGACCCGAGGCGAAUGAGGACUCGCCUCUUCUCCACAACCAUGUGACCCCUACGGCCAGUGAGCAGCAAGGUAUACACCAAGACUGUGAGCUAAUGGACUGGCGUCUGGUCUUCAAGAUUGCCGCCGCCAUGUACUCCUUCGUCACGCUUGGCCUCUUUAACUCCUCCAUCGGUGUUGUCCUCCCUCUCCUAUCCAAGUACUAUCGCCUCACCGAUCUCCAAGUAUCCUGCAUCUUUCUGGCUGUUCCCGUUGGAUAUGUGCUCGCUGCACACUACAGUAACGCCCUUCACUACCGUUUUGGUCAGCGAGGCAUCGCAAUCGCAGGCCCGAUUCUCCAGGUCAUCUCUACUGCUACUGCAGCCGCGCACUCGGGGUUCGGAUGGCUGCUGGUUGCCUUUGCAGUACAAGGGCUAGGAACAGGAUUGUUGGAUGGGAGUUGGUGUGCGUGGGCGGGCAGCAUGAACAAGGCCAACACCAUUCCCGGACUGCUGCAUGGAAGUUACUCUGUUGGCGGAGCAUUAGGGCCAGUUCUAUUAACCAUCCUCACAACAAACCACCACCCAUGGUGGACUUGGUACUCUAUUCUAGCCGGAGCAUGCUCACUAUCCUUCAUCGUCCAGGUCGCUGCUUUUCGGCAUGAAAGCGCAUCCGUGUAUCGUCAGAGUAAGCAGCUCGGCACGGAUGACUCCAAUAUGAUUAAUGCCAAGGCCAUAUUCAGUCAUCACGCUACCUGGCUCUGCGCGGCAUAUUUCCUUACCUACGUUGGAGUCGAGACUUCAAUUUCGGGCUGGGUAGUUUCUUUCAUGCUCCGUGAGCGGCAUGCCAAUCAUUACACAGCUGGGCUGUCUUCCUCAGCUUACUGGAUUGGCAUGGCUUUUGGGCGUUUAACAUUGGGGUUCGUGACCGACAAGUUGGGUGUACGACGCGCCACUGUUGUUUACUUCCUCUUUGCCAUGGCGUCUGAAGCGCUGUUUGCAGUCUUACCAUCUCCAGAAACGGCUGUUGUUCUCAUGGCGGUACUCGGGUUUGUUAUGGGUCCAUUAUUUCCUUCUGGAGUUGUAGUGCUCACGCGACUGCUGCCCGCUGAGCUUCAUGUCCCAGCCGUCUCCUUUGUCGCAUCCUUGGGCCAAAUCGGAGCAGCCAUAUUACCUUUUGCCAUUGGCGCUGUCGUUCAAGACCUGGGAAUUGGCGUUUUUCGAUUCGCCAUUCUCUUUGAAACACUUUCGGCAUUGUUGGUAUGGCUAGCUUACACUGGAGUACAGGCCUGACUACUUACUUCAUGUACUAGGUACCCCUAGUAUGUUGUAUACUAUAGACUAGUGAC